AUGUCUUUCCAUCUCAAGGCACUGGCGUGUGCUGCUUUGGCUGCUACAACCUCUGCGUCUCCCUUGAUUCAUUCACGGGGCGCCGAUACAUCCUCCACCGAUCAAUACACCGAAUUCAACAGCUCGCUUCCCAAUGUGACUAUACUAGCCACAGGUAUAUUAUCGCCCUUUUUCUACAGCCGGAUGGAGUGUCCGUCCGUUAACCCGAAUACAGGGGGCACAAUUGCCGGCACGAGUGAAGACGAAACCGCAACAGCGGGCUAUGAAUCCGGCGCUUUAGGGAUUAAUAAAAUCCUCUCUGCGAUUCCAGCAGUCCGCGAAGUCGCAAACGUCCAUGCUGUCCAGUUCGACAACAUUAACAGCGGCGAUGUCUCCUCGUCGGUUCUCUUGAACCUGACGCACACAUUGCAGACAACUGUCUGCGACGAUCCCACCAUGUCCGGUGCGGUGAUCACGCACGGCACCGAUACUCUCGAAGAAUCCUCCUUCUUUAUCGACGCAACGGUCAACUGCCGCAAGCCCGUUGUUUUCGUUGGCUCGAUGCGGCCUUCAACCGCCAUCUCAGCUGAUGGGCCCAUGAACCUUCUCCAAGGUGUGACCGUGGCUGCGGACAAGGAGGCCACAAACCGUGGCUCGUUAGUUGUGAUGAACGACCGCAUUGUGUCGGCCUUCUUCGCGACCAAAACUAACGCGAAUACCGUGGAUACAUUCAAGGCGUAUGAGCAAGGCAAUCUGGGUAUGAUUGUGUCGAAUAAACCCUAUUUCUACUAUCCGGCUGUCCAGGCAAAUGCAAAGCACUUUGCUGAUGUUGCGGGUGUGUCGGCCAUUCCGCGAGUCGAUAUCCUAUAUGCAUAUGAGGAUAUGCACAGCGAUUUGCUUUAUAGCGCUGUCGAGAAUGGCGCUAAAGGAAUUGUGAUCGCCGGCGAGGGCGCAGGAGGCAUCUCGACCGACUUUGGCAAUGCCAUUAACGACAUUGUGACCAGUACCGGCAUCCCGGUCAUUUUGAGCCACCGGACUGUCAACGGCGAGGUCCCUACAGCUACUGUCUCAGGAGACGACAAAAACACCCAGAUUGCCAGCGGAAUGUUCAAUCCCCAGCAGGCGCGAGUCUUGCUUGGGCUGUUGUUAGCAGAGGGAAAGGGGUUUGAAGAAAUUCGCAGUGUGUUCGGGAAGGCCACUACAGCGUGA